AUGGCUGCAGUCCACCGCAAGGCUGUCGUGAUCGGGAUCAGUGGAUGUUCGUCCAGCGGCAAGACGACGUUGGCCCGGCUUCUGCGCGACAUUUUCCCCAAGACGUUUUGGCCUGUUUUUGUUGAGCUGCGCCGACCAUUCGCUGCUGACGACAGCCUCUCCAGGAUCCCCAUCAAGGUGGAUGGCCUGGCCGACUGGGACUGCCCAGAAGCCAUCGCACUGCCUGAAAUGGUCCAAGCCCUAGAGCACAUCCGCUCGCACGGCGUGCUGCCAGUCAGUCAUAUCCUUCGAGUCUUCUGUCCGGUCAGUCCGUUGCUGACAAACUCCCCCAUCGUGCAGCCUGACCUCUUCUCGAAGGAGGACCAGAAUUCGGUAGGUCCGUGUCCGGUGUCCGAUGCCAAGAUUGCGGCCCUCAAGGCCAGAGUCGCGGCAAGGGCCACGGUCACGGCUACAGGACCAAGCCUGUGCAUCCUCGACGGCUUCCUGCUCUACAACGACGCCAUGCGGCCGGCCAUGGACCUGCUCGAUGUGCGGCUCUUUUUGCGCGUGAGCCACGACAGGGCAACGCAGCGACGACAGGCACGUGACGGCUACGUGACUCUCGAGGGCUUCUGGCAGGAUCCGCCUGGUUACAUGGACAAGAUUGUGUGGCCCAACUACGUCGAGAUGCACAGGUGGAUGUUCCCGGGCGGCGACGUCGAGGCCGAGCCAGAUCAUGCGCUGCUCCAGGCCAACAGCAUCCUGACGCAGCUGGACAAGGGCGUUGACGUCGACAUGGAGACGACGCUGGAAUGGGCCGUGGACAUUCUCAUGCGCGAGCUGCAGAAUGUUUGA